AUGUCGCCUCCCCGUUCUGAGACGCCUUACCCCGUUCGGGGAGAGGCGAAGUCUCGAGGUGACGGCCGCCCUCGAAGCAUGUCUGUGUACGACGACGCAGCGACGGACCGCGGAGAGUUGCUCGGGUCUUGGUUCUGGGUCGAGCAUCCGACCAAACUGUGGACUGUCGCCCGACUAGCAGAAAUCCACGCGAAGGAAGAGAACGGAGAAAACGCUCUUCAAGGGAACUCCGAUGCAACCUGCGUCGUCGAGUUCCAGGAGGGCGGCUUCGUGGAGAUGCGCCUCUCCGAUUUGCGCGGCAGCGUCGAUUCUCCAAGUCUCUUAAAAGGCGUGGACGAUUUGCUGUCGCUCGGCGAGCUCACAGAGGCGUCGCUCCUUCACAGUCUCCGGACCCGUUUUUCCCGGUUCGACAUUUACACGGCGAUCGGUCCUCACAUUCUGCUCUCGAUCAAUCCCUGCGAACCGCUGCCUGCGCUGUUUGACGAGGCGGCGAUGGACGCAUGCCACAAGGCUGUGUGUCUCGAGGCUCUUCACGAAGGCGACAACUGGGGGUCGAGUGGAGCCCCAGCGCUGACGGGCGCGGUCGCGGCGUCUCCCGCGAGGGAACCCGCCGGCGCCACGGAGACGGCGAAGCCGCACAUCUUCAUCACGGCCCAACAUGCACACUCGCGGCUCUUCCGCGAGGGCAAGUGCCAGUCUAUCAUCAUUUCUGGAGAAAGCGGGUCAGGGAAAACGGAGGGAACGAAACUGAUUUUGCAGUAUCUCGCCCACCUCAAACCCCUCGACAAAAGUGCAGGCACAGGACAGAAACAGCGCAUCUCCCUCGAGGACCGGGUUCUGCGGACGAAUCCGGUCCUGGAGGCGUUUGGAAAUGCCAAGACGUGUCGGAACGACAAUUCGAGUCGGUUCGGGAAGUUUACGUUGAUUUAUUUCGAGCCGCGGACUCGGCGCAUCUCUGCCGCGGGCCUGAGCACCUACCUCCUCGAGACUUGCCGCCUCGUGGGGCACUCGAGAGAAGAACGAAACUUCCACGUCUUUUACCAACUGGUCGACGGCGCGAAACAGUUUCUCUCUCCGGAGUUCAGGGCGGAGCUUCGCUUGUCUUCCUCGUGUGCCUCCUUCUCCUACCUCACCCCCCAGGGGCCGCCCCGCAAGGAGACGGGUGUCUCCGCGUGGACCCGCCGGGGCCGGGACGAUCUGGCGGGGCUUCCGUGGACCGUGGACGAGUUCCGAGGAGACAGGCUCCUGGACCCAGCCGCGCAGGAAGCGAAUGCGGCCAGUUUCCGAGAGCUCCUCUCCUGUUUCAGGCACCUUGGAUUCUCCAAAGAAGAACGCGAAAACGUUCUCCGCGUCCUCGCCGCCAUUCUACACCUCGGGAACGUUCGCUUCGAGGACAGACCUGGCGGCAUCGGCCCCAGAGUCCUCGAAGGCGAACCGAAGCUAGAGGACGGACCGCAGGACGAACAGGCAGACGAACAGGCAGGCGAGGCAGAAGGGAAGGAAGAGAGCCAGGUGGAAACCAUUGCACGGCUUUUAUGCAUCGACGCGGGAAAUCUUUACGAGCUCUUCCGUGUCCAAAAGUUCAUCGAUCCUGUCACCAAACAGGAUUUGCAACUACCUCGCACCGCUGAUAGGGCAGCGGAGAUCCGGGACACCCUCGCGAAAUACGUGUACAACCAUCUCUUCUCGUGGCUGGUGUGUCGUCUGAAUCAAGCCGUCGAUCACCCUAUCGAAGAGCAUCCUGCGCCGGACGAAAACGCGCCGUUCCUGCUCCUCUCCUCGUCUUCUCAAGAGUUCUCUCGCAAAGGCGAUGGCCCCGCGACGACGCGCGAAAAAAAACGGCUCGCACCGAUGACCCCGACCUCCCUCUUGCAUGGGCAAGAGAGGCUCUUCGUCGGUCUCCUGGACAUUUACGGGUUCGAGGUCUUCGAGGCCAACUCGUUCGAACAACUCUGCAUCAACUACGCAAAUGAAAAACUCCAACAGCACUUUAACCACCACAUCUUUUCUCUCGAGCAGGCCGCCUAUGCCGCCGAGGGCAUUGCGUGGGAGGAGAUUCAGUUCACUGACAACCAAGGAGUGAUCGACGCGCUCGAGCGGAAGGUGACGGGACUGUUUGCGGUGCUUGACUCGGAAAACAUCAUGCCGAGGGCCACCGAUCGGUCGUUUCUUCGAAAAAUCCUCGCCUCCAAAUCGAAUGAACAACCCACCAUCCGACCCGCUGAAAACAAGUUAAAUGCAGCGACACACUUCAGCAUUGUGCACUACGCCGGUCCAGUGGAGUACAGCGUCGAGGGAUUCCUUGAGAAGAAUCGGAGCUCCUUUAGCCGGGAAAUCGCCGAUUUAGUUUCGACGUCGACUUCGGCGUGCCUCCAAGAUCUCACAGCUUUCCUGCAGCCGCGCGAGGAAGACGAUCAACGGCUGUUCUCAUCCGUCUCUACUCUGUCUUCUCGCUCUCUCUCCCGGUGUCUCUCCUCCGCGUACGAGGCCACAGCAUGCACCAACAGACGGGUGACGAAGUCGGUCUCUGCAGUGUUCAAGGACCAGGUUCGGGGUUUGUUGGAGACCAUCGAGGAGACAGAUCCGUUUUAUGUCCGGUGCAUCAAGCCGUCGGCGGAGAAGGGGCGAGGCCUGUUCGAUUCUGCGGAUGUUUUGAGGCAACUGCGGUGCGCCGGCGUGCUGGAGACUGUGCGCAUUCGGCGCGACGGCUACCCCGUUCGCUUGCCUUUUUCGGGAUUUCUCGGACAGUUUUCCUGCUUGGCCUCCGAGGCGCUUGUCCCCGGCUUCGCUUCUCCAAGCGGCUCUGCCAGCCUGGAGAGGGAAGCGAGGCACGCGCACAGAGAUGCGACGGCGGAUGUGAAGAAAAUCGUUCAAACCCAGCACGACCGGGAACUCUGUCAGAAGCUCCUCGAGGCGCUGACCACGACGCUGGCACAGGAUGGCGUCUUUGACCAGUCUUUUGCCUGGCAAGUCGGAAAAACAAAGGUGUUUCUCAAGAAGCCGCUGGUGAAUGCUCUUGAUCGCGCGGCGGCGAAAUUUCGGUUCCGGGCUGCGACGUGCAUCUCGAAGCACUUCCGCGGGUUCGUGGAGCGUCGCCGCUACCGGCAAGCGCGAGCCGCGAUCAUUCGCCUCCAGGCGCGAUUCCGAGGCGUGCUGCGCUUCCGCCGCGUGGUCCAGGAAUUUCGCGAGCGCAGAGACCGGAGAAACCAAGACACUUCGGCUACGGACGCCGAGGCUGCUUCGUUUGGAGAAGAGGAACCUUUGUGCACCAGCGAAGCGGAAACAGGAACCCCGUCUUUGGAAGCGGCAGCUGCGCAGCGUCUGGAAGACUCCGUAGAGGAACAGCCCCGCUCUCGGGGGCUUCUUCCCUCCGCUUUGCCCUCCGAGAGAGACAACGAGUUCCCCGCUCUGCUGACAGGCUCUCCGCAUCGAGACGCAGAAGAGCCGCCGGCCGAGGCGAAGCACAGACCCCGGGGAAGCCGGGAACUUGCGCGAGAGCUAUCGGCGAGCUCGAGGACGGAGGCACGCGCCGCUGGGGCCGCGACAGACACGCUGGAUCUUCGAAGAAGCGGCGCGAGCUCUCUCGGUGAAGCGCGAGGGACGAGGCAAGACGGAGACAGUGGCGCGGGUUCCGACGCCGGGUGCGAUGACCCGCCGGAAGCGCGAAACGCUCGCCAGCCCAGCGGCAGAUCGCGAUCACAUCGCGAAACCAGGGACGACAGCUCUGUGUCAGGUUGGAGUGUUGACCCUCGUCGUCUUCGAAGCCGAAGCGCGAGGCGAGACCGAGACGCAAACCGUCUGUGGAGAUCACUCGCCAAGACACUCCUCGCAAACGAGCAGCUCGGCAGCGAUGAUUCGUCUUCGACUCGGGCGCGCUCGGCGCAUGAGAAGUCGGUCUACGUCGCCAGCGAGAGCGAGUCACAAUCUCCUUUGCGGAGGCGUCCAGAAGGCCUAGGCGAGUUGUUUGAGGAUGUUGUCGCCUUGCGAGCGCGUCUCGCCGCCGUGAAACAGGCCAAGGCGCACUCCGCGCCGCCCGCAGAAGACGGCGACAGCGCGCAUGAGCGGCGCACAAGAAAGAGCCGCGGUGCCGGUUUUCGCGCUUGCCAGGAGACCGAAGAAGCCGUGUACCGAGCUCUAGCAGACGAAAGGGUCGCCCUAGCGCAGGAGUACCUCCGAGCCAAAGAGUUGUCGACACGACGAAAGACGCCGGCGCACAUCCGCACUGGCGCCGUGCACGCGGGGCUCUCUGGCGAGACAGAGAGGCACGAAAGCCUGAAAAGUUCACGAGAGGCGUCGCGCGAAAUGGGAACGUCUGCGCUCCUUGCACGCGUGCUUCCCAAGCCCCCAGACCUCGACAGCGCGCGUUCCUGCGCCGGCCGUCAGGCUUCCUGCGCGCCGCACUGUUCCGCCGCCUCUGCGGCCUGUGGCGUGGACAACGCGGACGCGACGGGGCCCUGGAUACUCCUGUCGCUCGCGCUGAACCAGCUGCUGCGUGGCUCGUUGGCGGCGACCGCGCUCGGCCAGAAGCUCGUGGCGGCGUACGUAUCCGCUGUGGUGACGGAGAGCAGUGACAGACUGUUCGCCAGCGAGGGGAACGGAGACGGAGGACGCAGCAGGGGAAGGCUGCAACCCGACGACACCGCCACGUUUGCUGCUUUGGCCUUGAAGCAUCUCGAGCUCCUCCAAGAGCGGUCGCUCCAGCAGAACCCGAGGAAACCGUCGGAGCGAAAUCUCGACAGCCAUCCGGGACGGGGGCCGGGAGACUAUCAAGAGGUGUCGUCUGCGCGGUUUCUUUCAGCACAAGACGCAGCCUCUGUGUAUACUGCCCAGGAGUGUCCGCCUCACGCUCAAGAAGUGUGCCGAGAACAGUCGGCUUCGGGUUGUCCACCCGCCAACGAACGACCCGGCUUCUGGGCACGCCUCUUUCGUCGACUUCGCACCUUGCCACUAAUCGGUGCUUCGGACGCAAACGAUGAGGAGCAAACCGACGUCGACGGAAGCGACACGAGCGAAGAGGAGAACAGCGAUGCAGAAAGCGCGGACGAAGACGCAGUGUACAGACGCCAGGCUGCCGAGAGAGAUGUGUCUCGCGUGGCGCUGGGAGGCGACGACUUGCGGCGAACGCGCGAGGCACGAACCCUAAGGCUACGGAGUCCAAGUGACGCACACGACGCAAGUCGAUCGCCGUCCUCAGACAGCUUCCACAGCAUCCGUUCUGCCCGAGCCGACAGAGAUGAAGUGACCGGAGAGGCUGUAGUGACACGAGCUGAAUUCGACCAACUCCGCGGCCAGAUCGAUACUCUGCAACAGGACGUUGGACGCUGUUGCGGCCUCCUUGAGGAAUUCAAGGUUCACCUUCUCAAGACGACCGUAGGGACAGAUAUCUGA